AUGGAGAAAGCACACAAGCUAAAUGCUAUUCGCAAGGCAGGUAAUUGGCGGUUGUCCCGAAAGGAGAAGCCAGCUCCAGACCAAGACUCAGCACCAGCGCCAGUACCAGCCCGUACCAAAUCAAAGAGACCAGCCAUGCACUUGUAUGAAGGCACAGAUUCUGAGGAUGAGAAUGACGACGAUAUCUCUGGUGGCUGCACUCUCAAGGAUGCAGGAGAGAAGAGACUCGCGAAAAUGACUGAUGAAGUUUCACUUGCAACAAUACUCCAGGAGACUCGAGUGGUUGGUACGAAGAUCGAAUCCCACCCGCCUGCGGGAGAGACACCCUGCCCUGCUUACCCGAAGCCGGCCCACACACAGAUUGGUAACUUUGUAACCAGUAUGAUGAAUAAAGCUCGACGACCGACUGAGGACCUGGCCAAAAACCCAGCCCGCCCACUACAUUGCCCUAUCGACCUAUACGCCCAGAUGAAACCUGGCGCAUUAGCGGCCGGCCAUGAAGAUUUUGUUCCAUUUCAAGUGGUCAAGAAGUUUCCUUUUGUUCAUGCUAGCAAGGACGACCAGAAGAUUGUAUGCCCGGAAUUCUUUGACCAAGGCAAGUUGUAUAACCGGACUUGGGAUUUCUUCUAUGUUUACCGUCUUGAAUCCCAUCCAAAUCUUAACCCGAUUAUUCUGGUGCCCACCAAGCAGUUUAAGGGGUUCCUACACAUCAUCAAUGAGGCUCUUGCUACUCAACUUCACAUACCAACUGGCAGUAAAAGUGCCGCAUUUGCCGUCACCUUCUGCACGCCCGGCCUCCCUCGUGCUCGCUACUUGGGCCGUUCUACCAAUCAAGACAUGGCAGAAUCGCUGAGGCAGAACGUUCCACCGGCGUAUUUGACACUCCCUGGCGAGGAAGUCCCUCAGAUGCCCUCCGACCGUGCCCUCGCCGAUUUCCAGGCGCAACUGGAUAUAAUUAAUGAAGCCCAGAAGGGACAGAAAUCCUUGAAAGCAAGCAAAGAUCGCGCGGCGAACCGAACGGCUUGGGGCGAGAACCUUAAGCGCAUUCAAGGGUAUUUGGGGCUCGAUGUCAAUUAUCCGCCGAAGGACGUCGUUUUCAUAUCUGUUGAUGUUGAAGCCUACGAGGGCAAUCAAAAUAUCAUUACGGAGAUUGGUAUUGCGACUCUUGAUACGAAAUGCAUCCGACAAAUGCGACCUGGAGCAAACGGCGAGAUCUGGGCAUCUGCCAUCCGGGCCAGGCACUUUAGGAUCCAAGAGCAUCUCCGGUAUCGAAACCACAAUUAUGUUCGGGGCUGUCCCGAAUCCUUCGAGUUUGGGGCCAGCGAGUUCAUCAAAUUGAGUGAAGCCGCCGAAGUGGUCUCCAGCUGCUUCAAGGAACCAUUUUCCAAUCCUCAGGGCUCUGGUGUAUAUGAUAAAAAUCCGUCUCAGCGCCAGGUUGUCCUAGUUGGACACAACUUGCCUGCCGAUGUUGAAUACCUUCGCAAGAUAGGCUAUGAUCUUACGAACACCUCUGCCGUAAUGGAUCGUGCUGACACAGAUAAGCUGUGGCAAUACAUUUCAAAUGAGACUCAAUCUCGAAAGCUUACCGCCAUUCUUUCCGAUGUUGGCCAACUUGCCUGGAACCCUCACAAUGCGGGCAACGAUGCUGUGUAUACCCUUCAAGCCAUGAUUGGUCUUGUGGUCAAGAAUUCUAACGGCACCAUGCCGGUUCAAGAGACUUCUGACAAGCGUACUGAUGUCGAAGGACUCACUAUGGGUAUUGGAAACUCUGCUAUUAAGUCUGGGGAUAGGUCAUUGGUUAACAGCGGCGGCGGUGAAGCAUCUGUUCCUCGUGUACAGUCGACUGCUACACCUACACCUUCAAAUGGCCAAGCUCCUAGGCCUAUCGCCACAACUCGGAUUCAUGGAACGAAACCAGGAUGGCGGCCGCCUCCAGCAUAUACAGAACAUGGUUCUCGGCCGCCCCCAUUGACAGUUUCCCCGUUGUAUGUUCGGAAGGAAACCAACCCACCGCCCCCCUUCAAUGCCGCUCAGGUCCGGCUUCAAGCCCCUGAUACUACUCCCACCAUGAGACCACGCCUUGUUUCCGACCCCUUCAGAGAAGGUCACUAUUUGCCAGCUCAAGGAAACUUCAGCAUGCUUGUUCCUGCCGGGUAUGGUGAUGAGCUUCUUGACUCUCCACCACCUGCGGCUGCAAAGCCUCAGUCUUUCAAGUCACCACUGCGUCCUGCAAAGCCUCAUUUCCCUCACCACGACCGUCUUACGGCUCGGGCUCGGGUCACUGAGAAUAAUCCUCAGUCUGCCAGCUCAACCUCGCAACCCCGCGAACCCAAGACCGCGGCCCAGCUAGAGGAGGAGCGAUUGAUGGAACUUCGUGUGUUUCUGGAGCAGUUGGAAGAUCUGAAACCGCAUUCAAGUGGAUAUGAUUUGCCAGGGCGCGAUGCCUAA